AUUCGUGUCUAACCCCGAUAACGAACUAAACUCGAACAACCGCGACGUCCAAGUAAAAAUACCGUUACCGGCCAAGUCACUCAAGACGUUGGCUCCUUCUUCAUUUACGUUUCACGUAUCGCACUUGCAGUUAACAAUUUAAUUUCGCUCGUGGCGUCGUCCGUCUUUUCAAUGUGUUUUUUGCGCGAAUAAUUCCCGCCGAUCGAAUAAAUGAAAUGGAAACCGAAAUCGAACGCGAAGAUUUAAACAACGAUGACGGAAAGAAAUCUCGAGUUCCAGAAAACCGACCGAACACUUACGAAAAAUACAACAUCAUUUCCAUUUUCGUGGCGGUGAUAUCGGUACUCACCAUACUAGUGAUCGCGGGGGACGAAUGCCGGCAGUGCUUUCACACCCUCAAAAGCGAAAGAGAACUGCCUAAACCCCCGACCGGCAUAAAAAAAUUCUGGGCUUAUGGAAAAAACUUGCAAAAUGGUCAUUUAAAGGAAGUCUUCACGGUUCUGGAUCGACUCGGAUACGAGCACCAUCCCAAUUCGAGCGAUUGGGAUCUGCUGUGGGCCCACGAUUAUCCAUUUAGGGCGUUAUAUCCGGAACUGAGCAAAUUGAAACCGCACCAGAAGGUCAAUCAUUUCCCGGGAUGCGGUUACAUAACCAACAAAGUGGAUCUGUCCACCAGCCAAGUGGAGUACGUGCCUCGAGCGUUCAAAUUGCCCGAACACAAGGAAAAAUUGCUCGAGUACGCGAGUAAAUUUCCAAAGGCCACGUUCGUCCAGAAGAACAACGACCAUCGAAAUAUAAAGAUUAAGAAGGUCGAAGAAGUCGAUCUGGAUAAGUCUGGUACUUUCGUGCAAGAGUACGUGGACAAACCGCUACUGAUUAGCGGUCACAAGUUCGAUAUCGGCAUUUAUACGGUUAUAACGUCGGUUGAUCCGUUGAGGGUUUACAUUUAUAACGGGGAGGCCUUGCUGAGGUUUUGUUCGGAAAAGUAUUACCCCUUCGAUCCCAACAAUUUGGACAAAUAUGUGGUCGGGGACGACUACUUGCCGAUAUGGGAAUUACCAGCACUCGAUUAUUACUACAACGAAUUAGGAUUCGGGAUGAAGGAAAGUUUGAACGCUCAUUUGAGGAGCAAAGGCAAGGAUCCCAGCAAAAUAUGGAACCAGAUAGAGGCGGCCAUCAGAGCUAUUAUUUUGGCAAAGGAACCCUACAUGGCAGAUAUUUUAAAUAAGUUUAAAUCUAAGCGAAAUUUUUUCGAAAUGAUGCGUUUUGAUUUCGUAAUAGAUGAAGAGUUAAACAUUUAUUUACUGGAAGCGAAUAUGAGUCCAAAUUUAUCUUCAGCUCAUUUCCCGCCAAACAGAUUGCUGUACCAGCAAGUGCUGUACAAUGUGUUGGGAUUGGUUGGUGUCGGGGAGAUGCUCUACAGAGAUUCGUUAAAAGUUAGGUCAAGGGAAGAAGAAACAAUGAUAGUUUCUGACAAACACUUGGUGGUGUUUGCUGAAAAAUGUAACAGCGUUUUGUGCAAAAGCAGCUGCUCUCCGCCAGAGUGUCAACUUUGUAGGCCUUGCCUUUCUCCGGAGACAAAACUCGACCUCGCACAAGCUUUUAGGGAGCACCUUCACAGAAGCGAUUGCAAAAGGGUAUUUCCCCCAUCAAUGACCAAAGAAGAAGCCCAAGAACCAAUAGAUGAAAAAUACUCGGCAGAAAAUCAAUUGCACUACCGGUGGUUUCAAGGAAAGUGCCUACAGGAGCCUUCUUGGUGCUAAUACUAAGACUAAUACUAAUAUUUUUUCACUUGGAGAAAAACAUUUUUAAAGAAAUUGUGUGUUUGUUUUACAUUUAUAAUCAUGUAGAAAUGCAGCAAUUGUUGCUUAAAACGAGAAUUUUAGCAAAUAACUGAAUCUCUUAAAUUU